AUGACAGGUCAUAUCUCGUUCUGCCUCUUAUUGUUCUUAACGGGCCGCUGUGAUUGCACGCUACGAGGGACAAUAUCACCGGCACUCCAUCGCGAUGCUACUCGUUACUGCCACAUUUGCGCCAAUCACACGAUGUGCCGAUUCCCCCUCGAUGUUCCCGGUAUCGGAUGCGUCAAACUCGAGCGCGCCGAUCUGGGCGAAAAGGACAUCGAGACGAUCGUCCACUGGCAUAAUUUCUAUCGCAACACCAUAGCAAACGGAGACGAGCAUCGAGGAAAGCCUGGUCCACAACCACCUGCGAAAUACAUGAUGGAAAUGAUCUGGGAUGACGAACUCGCUCACAUCGCGGACCGAUGGGCGUUGCAGUGCAACCUCUUCGAGAAAGAUCAGUGCCGAGACGUUGGCAAGUAA